AUGGGUUUAAUUGGAAUAUUACGAAAAUUAAAACAAAAACAAGGAAGAGAACUUAGAAUUCUUUUAUUGGGCCUUGAUAAUGCUGGGAAAACAACAAUUUUAAAAAAAUUAGCUGCAGAAGAUGUAACACAUAUUACGCCUACACAGGGAUUUAAUAUUAAAAGUGUUAUGGCUGAUGAUGUUCGUUUAAAUGUUUGGGACAUUGGUGGUCAGCGAAAGAUUAGGCCUUAUUGGAAAAAUUAUUUUGAUAAUACAGAUGUAUUAAUUUAUGUAAUUGAUAGUAGUGACAGAAAAAGAUUUGAUGAAACAGCUAUGGAAUUGUCUGAAUUGUUGGAGGAAGAAAAAUUAAAAAAUGUUCCUAUGCUUGUUUUUGCGAACAAACAAGAUUUGUUAACUUCAGCAAAGGCUAGUGAAAUUGCUGGAGGUUUACAGCUAGUUAAAAUAAGAGACAGAUCUUGGCAAAUCCAAGCAUGUUCAGCACUUUCUGGUGAAGGAAUUAAAGAUGGAAUGGAAUGGAUAUCAAAAAAUAUAAAGAAUGACGGAAUUAUUAAACAAGGAGGACAAACAUCUGAAUAAAUAUUU